AUAAGUUUUAUACUCUUCAUCAUCAUCUCAUGUAGCUGUAUCAUCUUUAUUUAUUUUUAUUGUACCAAGAACUUUGUGCUUUUAAAAGGGACGGGGGUACUAUUUGUGUAUUACCUAGGAAGUACUCCGUAUUAUUUAGGGAUGAACAAAAAACAGGAAAUCAAUCAAAACCGUCCGACUAAAACAACCAAAAUCAAACCGAACCAACUAACACCGCCGCCUCUACAGGUUUGAUCCAUAUCUGGGGCGGGAUAAACUCCUCUAUCAUCGUCUUUCUAAUUCUACGCUAAGUGGGGUUCAUUUGCAUAGGGACAUGGAUUGGGCUGCUGUGCAUAAAAUCUGGGAUAAGUGGGCAUCUAACCACUUUGGUUGUUCAGAUCAACAUUUGAAGGCUGCUUUGCUUUUAAACUACGAUCCAAACGGACCGUCCCGCCUUCUAUCGACUAUUGUAGCUCAAGAGGGGAUAAAAGCAGAUCGAACAGAAUUGGGCCAGAUUCUUAACUUUGUUAAGAGCAAUAAGCUACAGACUGAGAGUUUCUAUCUCAGGCAGAACCAAUAUCUUGUCACAUCGAUUCACGAGACCUGGUUUUGUGCAAGAUGCAUGAACACUUCUAAACAUGCUGGUGAAGGUGUGAUUGUCAUGCAAACUGCAGCAUUCCUCUUGAUUGGACUGUAAGGUAUGAAGGCUCCCUAGGCCCAUCAUCUCAUGCAAUGGUAGCUCUUGAUCAGCUUGCAUGCCAACUAAGUAGAAGAAAUCUUUAAAUCGGUGUGUUUGGAUGUGUGGAAGUGAAAUUCAUAUUAAUCCAUACUUUUAGGGAUUCUACAAUAAUAAUCUCCAUCUAUAAAAAUAAUCUGAACUAGCGAUGGUGUCCAUAACAAUAAAUUAGGGUGAAUUCAAAUUAAUGUCUGUUUAAUACUCUUGAGUCUCGACUCUUACUCUCACUUUUCUCUUCUCAACUCUUUUUCUCGGGGUCAAUUCAAACUAAAACAUGUUUAAUCUCAACACCAUUUCCGCCAUAUGUGCUUCUCUCUAGGUUGGGACAUAAAAGUGUUAACCGAGACGAAGAGAGAUAAUGGGAAAGUGGAGAUAUGGAUUGAGAGUAUUAAAUGUGCAUUAGUGUGAAUUUACUCUAAUUUAUUCUUGUGUACACUAUUGCUAGUAUGUAUUAUUUUUAUGAAGACUCUCAAUAGGGAUUACUAUUGUAAAAAGACCAAUAGGAAUCACCCCCAAUAGGAAUUAUUCAAUUUCACAUUUCUUUAAUGUAAUAGUUGUAUGGUACCUGCUACUACCGAUCUAUUUGCCACUGUUGAUUCUUUUUCCUUGCAAAAAGUUCAUACGUAAUUAUUAAAUCAGGUCUGGAA